AUGGGAAGAGAACUUUGUGUCGCUGAGGUUGAAGUUCAUGCAGACAUGCCAUUGGUUGUUGCCACUAGCCAUCUUAAAGGUCCUGGUCCUGGCCCUCGCAAUUGGGAUCAGUCGUUCAGCAAGGAACGUGUUGCUCAGGCAAAGGAAGCGUUGACCUUUCUUAAAAAAAAUGUAAACGUGAUUUUUUGGGGUGACAUGAAUUGGGAUGACGAUUUGGAUGGUCAAUUUCCUUUGCUCGAUGGAUGGGUUGAUGCCUGGGUGCAGUUAAAGCCCGGAGAAAAUGGAUGGACAUAUGAUACCAAAUCGAACCAGAUGCUUUCUGGUAAUCGGACUCUGCAAAAGCGACUGGAUCGAUUUGUAUGCAAUUUGCGUGAUUUCAAGAUAAGAAGAAUAGACAUGAUUGGCAUGGAGCCCAUACCAGGUCUGUCAUAUUGCAAGGAGAAGAAAGUGAAAAAGGAAUUGCAAAAAUUGAUGCUCCCUGUGUUGCCUAGCGAUCAUUAUGGGUUGCUAUUAACAAUCUGUGCAGAGUAA